UCCCGGGGCCGCUCGGGCCGGGGCGGUGAGGGGGCCCGGCGGUCCAUGCAUCCGCCGCUGCCCGCCGCCGCCGCGAUGGAUUUCAGUCAGAACAGCCUGUUCGGCUACAUGGAGGACCUGCAGGAGCUCACCAUCAUCGAGAGGCCGGUCCGCCGGAGCCUCAAGACUCCAGAGGAAAUUGAAAGGCUGACAGUUGAUGAAGACCUCAGCGACAUUGACCGAGCUGUUUAUCUGCUCAGCGCUGGCCAAGAUAUCCAAGGGACAAGUGUGAUCGCAAAUCUUCCCUGUCUGAUGCGCCAGAAUCCUGCUGAGACACUUCGGAGAGUUUUGCCAAAAGUCAGAGAAGUCCUGCGUGUUGCAGGGGUGGAAAUGCAGUUAACAGCUGCGGUGUCAUUUCUGACCAUCCUGCAGGAAGAAUCAGUGUCAAUCCAUGCAUAUGCCCACUCCUUCCUACAAAUCAUUCUACUGCAUCUGGAGCACCGGGAUGCAGCUGUCAGUAACGCGUGGCUGGAAACCCUUCUGUCUGUGGUGGAAGCUUUGCCAAAGGAAACCCUAAGGCAUGAGAUUUUGAAUCCACUUGUUUCCAAGGCACAACUAUCUCAAACAGUACAGUCUCGUUUAGUGAGUUGUAAAAUUUUAGGAAAAUUGACCAACAAAUUUGAUGUCCACACUAUUAAAAGAGAAAUAAUUCCACUGGUGAAAUCACUCUGCCAGGAUGUAGAAUAUGAAGUUCGAUCUUGUAUGUGUCGGCAAUUAGAAAACAUAGCUCAGGGUGUUGGGACAGAGCUUACAAAAAGUGUGGUGCUUCCGGAAUUAGUAGAACUCUCUAGAGAUGAAGGCAGCAGUGUGCGUCUUGCAGCCUUUGAAACCCUGGUGAAUCUGCUUGACAUAUUUGACACAGAUGACAGAAGUCAAACGAUACUUCCCUUAGUGAAAUCAUUUUGUGAAAAAUCUUUCAAAGCAGAUGAAUCAAUUCUUAUUUCCUUAUCCUUCCAUUUAGGAAAGCUAUGCCAUGGACUGUAUGGGAUUUUUACCCCAGAUCAACACUUGCGAUUUUUGGAGUUUUACAAGAAACUUAGUACGCUAGGCUUGCCACAAGAAAAUGGACACAGUGAAAAUCAGGUCCCACCCCAGCUCCUGGAGCAGGAAAAGAAGUACACCUCAGUACGGAAGAACUGUGCUUACAAUCUCCCGGCCAUGAUUGUUUUUGUUGAUCCUAAAAACUUCCACAUGGAACUCUAUUCUACAUUCUUCUGCCUUUGUCAUGACCCUGAAGUGCCAGUCAGAUACACUAUUGCUAUUUGCUUUUAUGAAGUCUCUAAACUUCUGAAUUCUGGAGUAUAUUUAAUACAUAAAGAACUCAUAACGCUGUUAGAAGAUGAAUCACUAGAGGUACUAGAUGCCCUUAUAGUUCAUCUUCCAGAAAUCCUGGAACUGAUGUCUGGUGUUGGAGAAAGCAGUGGUCAAGAAAAUAAGCUAUCAGCUCUGCCAGAAUUCAUCCCUGCACUCACAGCUGCAGAACAGCGAGCAGCAGCCUCUUUGAAGUGGAGAACUCACGAGAAGUUACUGGACACAUACGCUUGCCUGCCACACAUCAUAUCAAGUGACCAGAUUUAUUACCGUUUCUUACAAAGAAUGUUCACAAUCAUGAUGACAAAUAAUGUCUUGCCUGUCCAAAAGGCAGCAUCACGAACCUUGUGCAUUUUUCUGCGUUAUAAUCGGAAACAAGAGCAGAGACACGAGAUCAUUCAAAAAUUAAUUGAACAGCUGGGCCAAGGAAAAAGUUAUUGGAAUAGACUUCGAUUUUUGGAUACCUGUGAAUUUAUUAUAGAGAUCUUUUCCAAGUCAUUUUUCUGUAAAUAUUUCUUUCUACCUACUAUUGAACUGACACACGACCCAGUAGCAAAUGUGAGAAUGAAGCUUUGCUCCUUGUUGCCCAAAGUGAAGGCUACUCUGAAGAUCCCCGCCGACAAGCAUCUACUUCAGCAGUUAGAAAUGUGUGUGAGGAAGCUCCUCUGUCAGGAAAAAGAUAAAGACGUCCUGGCCAUUGUCAAAAGGACGGUGUUAGAGUUGGACAGAAUGGAGAUGUCCAUGGAUGCUUUUCAGAAGAAGUUUUAUGAAAAGGAUUUACUGGAUCAAGAGAAAGAACGAGAAGAACUACUACUUUUGGAAAUGGAACAAAUAGAGAAGGAGAAGCAGCAGAAUGACGGAAGAUCCAUGAGUGAAAAGAUCUUUGAAAAGAAACGCAGAGACACUAAGACAUCGACAAACCUGCCCAAGAACAUCCCUGUUUCGGUUCCUGGCCCCUCUUCUGCCAACCCAGCGACAAGCAAAGAAAUCAAGAAAUCCAAAUUGAUUCGAAGCCAGUCUUUUAAUAAUCAAGCUUUUCACACAAAAUAUGGUACCUUAGACAAGUGCACUAGUAAAAGUUCUACCGCGGGAUACGCAGGCCCUGUCUCAGGGAUAACAAAGACUUCUAUACUUUCACUAACUGAUGACUCCUUCCGGCCCACCCGUAAUGCCAGUAGCCUCCCUGCGGCCUUUUCUCCCAGCACUCCCUUACCAAGCACUUCCCGGGGGGCAAGUCAUGUAGCUGAUGCCAAGAGCAGCGGAAGUAAAGACCAGCAACGGAAGGCUCCCUUAAAAUCCAGAAAGUCCAAUCCUUAAAUCAUCUCCUUGAAGGAUGGAGGCUAAACAGAGAGAGCUGGCGAGACCGUGAUUGACGGACAAAUGCUAUAGCAAUGGCUGGGCUUUUUGUGUUUCACACUUUUUUAAUGACUGGAGAAGAGAGCUGUCAUAGCAUCCAAUGUUGCUGAACUUUCCCUAUCUGAAAUUAGAUUCCCUAGGAGGUAUAAUAGAUAUUUCUAUAAUAAUGUGAUUGCAGAAUUCCAAUGUUUCGCAGAAGUCUAGCAAAAACAAGCAGGAAAACCCAAACAACUUUAGGUCUGUGCUCCCCCUCCUGCUGCAAAAGAGACACACCUGCCUUUAUCCAUGCGGAACCAUCUAUUUCACUUAGAGUUUCAGCAUUUCAAAACUGUCCGAAGUUGAGUUGGCGACUGACCACUUGGAGCAGGCCUGGAGAGGGAGGGGCUGAGUGCAUUUUCUAACCCAUCUUCCAGCCCCGCUGAAACGUCACACCCAGGAGGGAGGGUCCCAAAGCCACCUGACUGCAGGGACAUGCACCAAUUUAAAUUUGGCAAAGAGAAUCCUUUGAAGAUUUCCGAUCACUUUUAGCUACCAGUACCUGAAAAAUGAUAGAUUGAUGAUUUCCUUUCAUGUCCCAGAAGAAUUUAUUUUAUAAAUCUGUUGUUUACGUUUUAGAUUGUAUUUGUCCUGACUUAAUUGAAAAUGAUGACUAGUUUGAACCGGCUGUUAUUCCAAGCUAUCAUGCUUAAGCGAUGCCAACAGCAUUGGUUUAUACUGAUGCUAACGCUACCAGCAGAACUUGCCUGCGAAGCAUAAACCAUUCUUAAUUUGAAAAUAUUUGAGAUGUACUGUAUGAAGCUAUUGUCAGCUUCUGUAUUUCAAAAAUGUAGUCAGCAUAUCAUUAUAUUGCUAUUAGAAGAUAUUUGGUUUUUUAAAAAAUAUAUAUUGAUGUAUGAUAAAGAUCAUCUAAUUUGUGAAGGCCUAUGUGUGUGUGGUUACUUUUUAUAAUGUGAAUAAUGAAUAAUGAAUUUACCCCAAAUAAAACAUAGGUCAAAGGAAAACCUAUGUUUGUGAAAAGUUUAAAA